CCACGCUUUGCUUAUGUCACCACUACGCAUGCGCCGUGCAAGGAGGGACGCGCUUUGGGGGAAGGGCAGGGGUGGGCCUUGGCCGGGGUCUCACCGCGACUGCGCGGAAGGGAGCCGGACUGUAACAUGGCGACUUGCGCUGAAAUCCUGCGGAGCGAGUUUCCCGAAAUUGACGGACAGGUCUUCGACUACGUAACCGGCGUCUUGCACAGCGGCAGCGCGGACUUCGAGUCCGUGGACGACCUGGUGGAAGCUGUGGGGGAACUGUUGCAAGAGGUGUCCGGGGACAGCAAGGAUGACGCGGGCAUCAGAGCCGUGUGUCAGCGCAUGUACAACACUCUGCGCCUGGCUGAGCCGCAGAGCCAGGGAAACAGCCAGGUGCUGCUGGACGCCCCCAUCCAGUUGUCAAAGAUCACGGAGAACUACGACUGUGGCACCAACCUUCCAGGGCUGCUGAAGAGGGAACAGUCCUCGACAGUGAAUGCAAAGAAGCUAGAGAAGGCUGAGGCUCGACUAAAGGCAAAGCAGGAGAAACGUUCAGAGAAGGACACACUCAAGACCAGCAACCCUCUAGUCUUGGAAGAGGCAUCAGCCAGCCAGGCAGGCAGCAGAAAGGAGAGUCGGUUGGAAUCAUCUGGCAAGAACAAAUCCUACGAUGUGCGAAUUGAGAACUUUGACGUGUCUUUUGGCGAUAGGGUGCUGCUGGCUGGUGCAGAUGUGAACCUGGCAUGGGGCCGCCGCUAUGGGCUAGUGGGCCGGAAUGGGCUGGGGAAGACAACACUGUUGAAGAUGCUGGCCACCCGGAGCCUGCGAGUCCCAGCCCAUAUUUCCCUGCUGCACGUAGAGCAGGAGGUUGCUGGAGAUGACACCCCUGCCCUGCAGAGUGUGCUGGAGAGUGACACUGUACGGGAAGACCUCCUGCAGCGGGAGCGGGAGCUCAGUGCCCAGGUUGCUGCUGGCAGGGCUGAGGGCUCAGAAGCUGCACAGCUGGCAGAAAUCUAUGCCAAACUGGAGGAGAUUGAGGCUGACAAGGCACCUGCCAGGGCAUCAGUCAUUCUUGCUGGACUUGGCUUUACCCCUAAAAUGCAGCAGCAGCCCACCCGGGAGUUCUCAGGUGGCUGGAGGAUGAGGCUGGCCCUGGCCCGGGCCCUGUUUGCUAGGCCAGAUCUUCUGCUGUUAGACGAACCCACAAACAUGCUGGAUGUAAGGGCCAUCCUAUGGCUGGAGAAUUACCUGCAGACAUGGCCCUCCACAAUUCUGGUCGUCUCCCACGACCGAAACUUCCUGAAUGCCAUAGCCACAGACAUCAUCCACCUGCACAGCCAGCGGCUAGAUGGCUACCGGGGAGACUUUGAGACCUUUAUCAAAAGCAAGCAGGAGCGACUGCUCAACCAGCAGCGUGAAUAUGAGGCACAGCAGCAGUAUCGCCAGCAUAUCCAGGUUUUUAUUGAUCGGUUUCGCUACAAUGCCAACAGAGCCUCUCAAGUACAGAGUAAACUCAAGAUGCUGGAGAAGCUGCCAGAGCUGAAACCCGUGGACAAGGAGCUGGAAGUAGUGAUGAAGUUCCCUGAUGGGUUUGAGAAGUUCUCACCACCAAUUCUGCAACUAGAUGAGGUGGAUUUCUACUAUGACCCUAAACACGUCAUCUUCAGCCGUCUCUCCGUCUCUGCUGAUCUUGAAUCCCGCAUCUGUGUGGUUGGGGAGAAUGGGGCUGGGAAGUCUACCAUGCUGAAGCUGCUUAUGGGGGACCUAACACCUGUUCGAGGCAUCAGACAUGCUCACCGGAAUCUGAAGAUUGGCUAUUUCAGCCAGCACCACGUAGAACAGCUGGACCUGAACGUCAGUGCUGUGGAGCUGCUGUCACGCAAGUUUCCUGGACGGCCUGAGGAGGAGUAUCGUCACCAGCUGGGCCGGUAUGGCAUCUCUGGAGAACUGGCUGUGCGCCCUGUUGCCAGCUUGUCUGGGGGCCAGAAGAGCCGGGUAGCCUUUGCUCAGAUGACUAUGCCCUGCCCCAACUUCUACAUUCUGGAUGAACCCACAAACCACCUGGACAUGGAGACAAUUGAGGCUCUUGGCCGUGCUCUCAACAAUUUCAGGGGUGGCGUGAUUCUGGUAUCCCACGAUGAGCGCUUCAUCAGGCUGGUGUGCCAGGAGUUGUGGGUGUGCGAAGGAGGCGGCGUCACCCGGGUCGAGGGGGGAUUUGACCAGUACCGUGCUCUUCUCCAGGAACAGUUCCGCCGUGAGGGCUUCCUCUAGGCCCAACAAGCUGAGGGCUAUGCCCAGGACAUGGACUGGUCUCUCAGACCCCUGGGCCACCAUGUAGGCAACCAUCUCCAGGCCACGGACCUCCCCUGACUUUGGGGACAGCCUUAUUCCUAAAUCUCUCCUUUUGACUGGAGCAUGCUCUGCACAAUCCAGAGAACCACAUCUUAGGGUCUGUGAGGACUGGUCUUCUAAGUGGAAGGGGUAGGAGGGUACCCUCUAGGGUUAUAGUUCCUCCACUGCCCCAGCUCUGACUGGGCCCCAAGUGGCUGCUGUGUAAAUUAAAUCUUCUUGCCUCAUCUCUGCUGUUCCCUGGCAGGGCUGCAGUGUGUUAAGGGGUGUGGGCUCUCUGAUUUGUUACUCUCCUGUGACAUUUGUAUCAAUCACAAAGAGGAGGUUAUAGCAUCACCAGCCUUGACCCUGGGAGGAGACAUCACGAAAGGGGCUCAGAGGUCACCUGCCUGACCUUGCAGUGGACUGGGCUGUCGAAUGAAGGGCAGUGUGUUACAUCACUGUGGUGCUUGUCCCUGUAGCGUGGGCUCGGCCUCACUGCUUAAGAGAGUGAACUGAUUCUGUAAUCCUGCAGUUUUAGACAUGGUUUGUCAUCUGCUUUCUCCCAUGGUCUCUGGCCCAGGCUCACCCUGCUCCUCUGAUCUGGACCUUCAGAAGGGUCUGAAGAGAAAUUGUCUUUGUCCCUGUUUUGCUUGGGUGGUUUCUUUAUUUUUCCCUCUAACCAUGUAAGAGGGGCCUGGGAAGAAGUUGAAAAUGGGAAGAAAUAGAGCACUUUGUUUUCAAAUUAAGCAGUCUUAAGUGUGGGGUGGGAUGUUUCACUGUUGGCGUCCAGCUCCCCACAUUUCACAGAGGUAAUAGGAUUUAUAAAUAUUGCUUCUCGAGGGCUCAGCUGCUAUAUGUAAUUGUUAUACAGAAGACACUGACAUAGAGACAUUGUGUUGCUCUCCAUGAUGAUGGAGGAAACCAGUCAACAGAAGCAACUUGCUGGCUUCAUGGAGAAUUAUAGUCACAAAGCUCAACCAAGGAAUGUUAACUCAGCUGGUGAGGUUAUGAUAGUGCAGGUAGGUGGAGGGAGAUACCUGUUUUUAGAGUAAAGGAGAAUAAAGACAGGAAGUCUCUGCUGAUUUACUAUAGAACAGGCAGUGAUGGAUGAAUGAAAACAGCAGAAGAGCCACGAAUCAGCCUGCCUCCUCAGCCUCUCUCACUCCCUUUCAGAAGUCCAGAGGAGAGGUUCUUCCAACUGUGUGUGACUUUGUGAAUCCUCAUGCUCCUAAGAGCCUUCUCACAACCCCAUCACUUCUGCCAACCUCACACCUGCAGAUGGGCCAGUCAGGGGCCAUCUGGUGUGUGAUUUGUGUCUACCUGUUUGCCAGGCUCAGCCCCUUCACCUCACACAAGCUUGUGAAUCCUGAUAUGAGUUCUCCCAAGUCCUUAAAGUUGGUGGGAGUGCAGCUGAAGGGUUCUGUGACAGAAUCUGCUGCUUUUGGAGGUAAGUGACUUUAUACAAAGAGCACUGGAGUUGGGUUUAAGAUCAAGUCCCAGUGCCAGUACUGGUGAUAGAAGGAGUCACCAGACUAAGAAAUACUAGCUGUGUAAGGAAUCACUUAACCUUUUUGAAAACCUCUGCGUGGUUUCUUGAUAGGAUUGUGUUGAGGAUUAGCUGACAAGCACAUUAUACAUGUGAUUCAUAAAGUGAUUUUUUUGUCUGUGGCCAGUCUGAUUUGAAGGACUAUCAUGGGAAAAGCAGAUUUUCUGAGUGAUUCCAGAGGUGGACAAGUUUGGGUUCGAAGGAAGGAAAAUUUGUAAUAGCUCAGGUUGCCUCCUGAGAGUAAGUUUCCAGUCUCUGGGACUGUUCCGCCCUGCCAGGCUCUCAAGACCUCUUUCAGGUUGGUUUCCAAUGUCAUGAUUCCAUGAACAAAAUAGGAAGAGCCUGUAUAUGACAGUACAGGCCUACAUAUCAGGCCUUGAGAAAAUGAAUUGUAGCGGCUGAGAAAGACUACAUUAAGGUUUGGGUGAACUUCUGGAGGUUAAAAGAGGAGAGCUGGCAGAAGAUAGUUGUCUUGAGGGAAAAUAUAGACAAUGUCAACUCCGUUCCAGAAAGCACAGGGCGGAGAGAAAUUUGAUCUGCAUGAGUGGGAAGCCACCCUUGAUCACCACAGACUGCCCAUCACAGUAGCCACCCCCUUCACACUGGAGAGCCCAUAUAACCCAACCAUUGGGGAGCUGGUCCUUCCAACUGCUGAGGUUGGAGCUGCCCUGCUGACAUCAGGCUAAGUUCUCACUGUUUUCCAGGCAAAUUUUAGAAUGGAAUAGGGGAAAAGGUGCCGUUUACCCUUGCUGGCUAUGCCCCAGGUUAAUUUGUCAUUUUAGAAUGUAAAAUUCUAGUAAAAGCCACUCCACAAGCCUGGGCCUGGCCCAUCCACAGGUGCAAGCCAAACAACACCUCCAGCAGCAUCAGCUUAUGGGUCUGCACCAGCCUGAACAUGCAGACUGGAUUAUGGAACCUGGGGAAGUCCCAGCGGGCUAGCAGGCUGGGUUCACAACCUGGCUGAAGGGCCUCUAGGGGUCCCUGAACCUGGAGCCAUUGACUCCCUUCAACCUAGCCUCCCUCCAAGUGCGCUUCAUUGCACCUAGUGCUUCCCACAUUAUAAGCUGCUGCCAUUAAAGUUGUAGAUCCCACUUUGCCUGUUAACCUAGAAGGCCAGACCAUGGCUUGCUCGUCUUUCUGUCUUAGGUGCCUGCCACAGGUUGGGUUCCCUGGGACACAGUGUGAAGAAAUCGUCAUGCAGAGUGUUUAUUGGGGUAUGCUGCUGGGACCAAUACCAGGAUUGAGCAGAGGGAGAAAAUGGGCAGCAUGAAAGCCUCAGCCCCACCUUCUGGAGCUGGGUAACUGCAGAGUUGUCCUGAGUUGAGGCAAUGGCUCAGGCAGGCCUUUAUCUGCUGAGUUGACUAGUCUUUGAAUGCUGGCUGCUACCAGAAGAUGGGAAGUUGAGAAAGGAAGUUUUCUUCAGCUGAGACAAUUCCCCCAAAGGGACUGACAGCUAAGGACUUUCCCAUCAGCACCUGCAGCUAAAGCAGCAAGUCCAUUCCUGAAAGGGCAUCCUGGCAGCCCAUCACAGCAUCUACAGUGCCUGGCCUAUAGACAUGUGCUCAAUAAAAGUGCUUGAGAAAUGA